AUGGAGGUGUCCUCUGUGAUUCCCUACAAGGGCUGCACGCCCUGGCAGGGGCUCCUGCUCACAGCCUUCCUUUCAAUCUGUUGUCAUUCACCUGCCACUGCUGAAGUCACCAUUGAAUCAGUGCCGCCCAAUGUGUUCGAAGGAGACAGUGUCCUUCUAUAUGUCCACAAUCUGCCAGAGAAUCUGCUAGCCUUUGCUUGGUUCAAAGGGCUAACAAAUAUGAAACGCAGAAUUGUACUCUAUGAACUGAACAACAAUUUAAGUUUGCCGGGGCCUGAAUACAGUGGUAGAGAGACAGUGUACCGCAAUGGAUCCCUGUGGAUUUCCAAUGUCACCCACGUGGACACAGGAUUCUAUACCCUACGAACCAUAAGUAGACAUUCAAGAAUUGUGUCAAUAACAACCAUCCACCUCCCUGUGUACACUUCCUCUUUCACCUGUGGGAGCUCUCCCACCUCUGCCCAGCUCACUAUCGAAUCAGUGCCUCCCAGUGUUGCAGAAGGGGCAAGUGUUCUUCUACAUGUUCACAAUCUCCCAGAGAAUCUUAGAACCUUUUUCUGGUACAAAGGUGUGAUUGUGUUCAACCAUCUGGAAGUUGCUCGGCACAUAAUAGCCACGAAUUCAACUAUGCUGGGCCCAGCACACAGUGGUCGAGAGACAGUGUACAGCAAUGGAUCCCUGCUGCUUCACAAUGUCACAUGGAAAGACACUGGAUUCUACACCCUACGAACUCUGAGUAGAGACCUGAAAAUAGAAUUAGUGCAUGUGCAACUCCACAUGGACUCUUCCCUCUCUAUGUGCUGCAACCCUCUCAGCUUUGCCCAACUCACCAUAGAGCCAGUGCCACGAAAUGCUGCCGAAGGGGAAAGUGUUCUUCUUCUUGUCCACAAUCUUUCAGAAGAUGUGAGAGCCUUUUCCUGGUACAGAGGAGUGUAUAGCAUCCAGAUCUUUAAAAUUGCAGAAUACAGAAGAGCCACGAAUUCCGUCACCUGGGGGCCUGCCCAUAGCAGAAGAGAGACAGUGUACCCCAACGGAUCCCUCCAGCUUCGGGAUGUUACUGAGAAUGACUCAGGCUUGUACACACUUCAGAUUUUAAACAGAGAUUUGAAAACUGAAACGGCACAUGUGCAAUUCCAUGUGAACAGUAAAUGAAAACCUGUCUCCCAACUGCUGGGUGUGGCUUGUCUUACUUCAUACACCGGACUGCCAGGACGGGGCUGUGCCUGCUUUCUCCUCCACUGCAUUGUGUCCCCACACGAGGGUUCAGGCCCUUACUGCAGAACACACUGGGGUAGACAAACUGCAGUAGGUCAGAAUCCCUCACCUCUCUACCUGCAGAGAGCAGAACCUGUGCUGGGCAAACUCAGCCAUGGGAUGUCAGCCUCAGACCAGACACUUGGAGCUCUCACAGGACACACGGCCCUGAGACGGACUGAGGGAGUCAGGCAGGCCCUGACUAAGGAAGCCAUUGGAUCCUCAUGGAGACAGCAGAAAGCCCUGGCUAGCAUUGAGAACCCAGGGCAGACUGGAAGUUCAUCUGGCAUUCUACAUCAUAAGGACAUGUUGGAAGAAGAGAGCAGAGGCCAGCCCUGGGGCACAGAGGUGAUGAUCAGCCUUGUGUGUAUGGCCUGGAGGACUGAAACUCAUACACAGAGAAAGCAACUGGAACACCAAGUGUAUAAGGGACACCAAGAGACUAUUGCUUCCUUGAAUCUCUUUAAAUAUAACAAUGGCACAGGAGUCCAGUUAGCUGUAGCAGAACUGUUGCCAUUUGGGAAUUCUUGCAAGAUUACUGGAUAUAUUAAGCAAAGUGCCCCAAAGCGAGAGGGACAAAUGGUCAUGGACCAAAUUCUCACCCUUGAGUCAAAAUCAGUCCUUCCUCAUGUAACUGGCAGAAGGAGAUGUAGAGAUCUACAACGAGGAAUCCUGCUGAAGAAAGGGAGGAGGGACUGUAUGAGCAGCAGCAUCAAGAUCAUGACAGGGGAACCCACAAAGAAGGCUGACCUGAGCACUGGGAGCUCUCUGACUCUGGACCAACAGCUAGGGACUGCUGGGACCAACCUCGGCCCUCUGCUUGUGUGUGACAGUUGUGUAGCUUGGUCUGUUUGUGGUGCUUCUAGCAGGCUGUCAGCUGGGCCCAUGGUAUCAUCUGAACCAGGGCUUCUGCAGAAGGCCAUGUCUGGGUCCAUGGCCCCACUGCAGUCUGGGGCCAUGUCAUUCAGGGUCCAUGGCCCUGCAGAGGCUAGGGCUGGGCUUGUGUCUGCGGCUCCAGUUCCCACUGAGGGCUUUGUGGAUGCCCAGAGUCUAGACGGCCACCUGGGAGCAUGUUGCUGCAGGGGCCAUGGUGAUCUGGCUGCAGCACUCGGGGUAUCAGGCUCUGCACCCUGUCUGGGCAGCACAGUAGAUCCUGUUGAUGGGAGUGUGGGUGAGCUGCCUGGAGAAUGUGAGCAUGGGAGAUUGGCCCCACCCCUCAUCUGUUAUAUGGUGUCUGGGACAAAGGAGAAUUGCUUCCCUCCUUCUGGCCUAUGCCAUGAACAAGAACAGUUUGCAAUAGCUACUUAUCUUAGAGUGCUGGGGCCUGCACACACUGGCAGAGUGACAGUGUGUACUGAUGGGUCUCUGCUGCUUGGGAAUGCCACCCACAGGGACACAGGGCUUUUCACCCUAUGGCCAUGGAUGGUAGAUGUGACAAGCUGUCUGCAGCCAGGUGUCUGGUGUUUCCACUUUGGAGGCCUUCUCAGGUGUCUGUGGAAUGGGGAGGAACUGUUCUUCACAAAUGUUAAUCUUGGUCAUCUUCAGCUCAAUGGGACAUAUUGUCUAGGACAUGAAAACCAAUGGACAGUUAGGUUUGACUCUAGAAUUAAGCCAUCCGAAUCUGGACAAUUUCUGCAGAAUUCUAGGACUCUGAAGCCCAUGUAUUGGACAGGAAAUCAUGUGUUUCCUGGUGUGCCUCUGUCACUUCUGGAAGGUGAAGGACAGGGCUUUGCUCUGUCCCUUCCAAUAGAACCUGCAUCUAACACAGCACUCUCUCUGCUCAGAGACUCACUGAUUUCACACAACUUUAGCAUCUGUCUUUCAUCAGAAUUCAUUGAAUUACAUAGAGAUAAUCUCUACAAGGAUUGGCUUUAUAUCCUGGGUAGUAGUAACAAUGGUAUUUUAUGGAAAAAGUCUCUGAGUCAUCAAGCCUUUGGGUCCUGGUGCUCCAGGCAGUGUCCUAGGGAGAACUGCACAGUGGGAAGAGAGAUGGAGGUGUCCUCUAUGAUCCUCUGCAAGGGCUACACUCCUUGGCAGGGGCUCCUGCUCACAGCCUCCCUUUUGACUUACUGGUAUCUACCCACCACUGCCCAAGUUAUCAUUGAACUAGUGCCACCCAAGGUGUUCCAAGGAGAAAAUGUCCUUCUAGAGGUCCACAAUCUGCCAGAGGAUUUUCUAGCCUUUGCUUGGUACAGAGGGGUGACAACCAUGAAGCGCGGAAUUGCAGUCUAUGCCAAGAGAAACAGUUUAAGAGCAUCGGGGCCCGCGUACAGUGGCAGACAGACAGUGUACAGUGACGGGUCACUGUUGCUCCAGCGUGUCAUCCUCAAGGACACAGGAUUCUACACCCUGCGAGUCAUAAGUAGACAAGGAGAAAUUGUAUCAACAACAUCCGUGUUCCUCCAUGUGCAGAUCUCCAUUUUAACCUGUGGGGGCCGUACUACUUCUGACCAACCCACUAUGGAAAUAGUGCCACCUAACGUUGCAGAAGGGGCAAAUGUUCUUCUACUUGCUCAUGAUCUCUCAGAGAACCUUCAAUCCUUUUUCUGGUACAAAGGUGUGAUUUCAUUCAUCAACUACGAGAUUGCCAGACACUCCAUAGACAAGAAUUCAACUGUGCCUGGUCCUGCACACAGUGGUAGAGAGACAGUGUACAGCAAUGGAUCUCUGCUGCUCCACAAUGUCACCCUGAGUGAUACUGGAUUCUAUACUCUAAAAACUCUGAGUACAGAUCUGAAAAUAGAAUUAAUACAUGUGCAUCUACAGGUGAACACCUCCAUUUCUACUUGCUGCAACCCUCUCAGCUCUGCCCAAUUCACCAAAGAAACAGCGUCACAGCAUGGUGUUAAAGGGAAAAGCAUUCUUCUCCUUGUUCAUAAUCUGCCAGAAGAUCUACUAGGCUUUUCCUGGUACAAAGGACUGUAUACCAUUCAGCCUUUUAAAAUUGUGACCUAUGAAAGAGAUAAGAAUUCCAUCACCUGGGGGCCUGUCUACAGCAGAAGAGAGAUGCUGUACACCAAUGGAUCUCUGCUGAUCCAGGGCAUCACUGAGAAAGAUGCAGGAAUGUAUACAAUACUAACCUUAAACAAAGAUUUACAAAUUGGAAACAUAUAUGUGCAACUUCAUGUGAACAAGCCUGUGACAGAGCCCUUUCUGCAAGUCUCUGAGACCACCGUCACAGUACAGAGUUCUGUGGUUUUCAGUUGCCUCUCAACUGACACUAAAAUCUCCAUCCGUUGGCUCUUCAAUAACCAGAGUCUGCAGCUCACAGAGAGAAUGACUCUGUCCCCAACAAAGUGUGGACUCAGCAUAGAUCCUGUCAGAAGGGAAGAUGCUGGAUACUAUAAGUGUGAGGUGUCCAACUCAAUCAGUUCAGAGACCAGUCUUCCAGUCAGGCUAAUGGUGACGAAUAAGUGA